AGAUGCAAACUUUGAAAAAAAAAACGUAAAUUAAAAGUGAGAGAGAGAUGGGAAAAAGUGGAGUAGCCAUUGUGUUAUUGUUGUGUUUGAUUGUGGCAGCCACCGCGCAACAAUGCGGUCGGCAAGCCGGCGGGAGUACAUGCUCCGGCAACCUAUGCUGCAGCCAAUACGGGUGGUGCGGCAACACCGCUGAAUACUGUUCACCCUCCGAGAACUGCCAGAGCAACUGCUGGGGUGGAGGUGGAGGUGGAGGUGGAGGUGAAGGAGGGGCGAAUAAUGUCCGGGCCACAUAUCAUUACUACCAACCAGAGUUACACGGGUGGGACCUAAACGCCGUCAGUGCUUAUUGCUCUACUUGGGAUGCCGGAAAAUCUUACGCUUGGCGCAGCAAAUAUGGGUGGACAGCUUUCUGUGGCCCAGUUGGACCUACUGGCAGAGACUCCUGUGGAAAGUGCCUGCGGGUGACGAACACCGGGACGGGAGCGCAGACAACGGUGAGGAUUGUUGAUCAAUGCAGCAAUGGAGGGUUGGAUUUGGACGUGGGAGUAUUCAAUCGUUUGGACACGGAUGGACAAGGGUACCAACGUGGACAUCUGAUCGUUAAAUAUGUGUUUGUUGAUUGUGGGGACAACCUCAACCUCGUACUCGAUAGUCCUGAGUGAAUAUAGCAGUGUCGUAUCAGACUGCAGAGUUCUAUCAGUAUUAAACUUUCUUUGUUUUUUACUGUUAUUAGAAUAAUCGCAGUUCGACUCUGCUUGCUACUUCAAUAAAUGUUAUGAUAAUGCAGACACAGUGUGACGCAGAAACUAGUUCAAACUAUGUAUCUUGGUUUUGAUUGUUCUUGAAAGUUCCACAUCAUAAGAAGAUUUAUUGGUUACUUUACGUAAAGGAUAAGUAAUUCAUUGA